AUGACGGAGGUGAUCAUGCACACAGACUGCAACUUGAACUCUGUUUGUGAACACCUUGAGCACUGCUGUCUGGAAAGGUUACAGGAUGCGGGGGCUAAACGGCCCUCCAACACAGGGGCCCGGCUCUGGGGACGAGUACGCAACAAGCUUCUAAGACAAAAGCUGGAUCCCCAAGCAGUGCAGAGCAAGAACUGGCAUGUGGAUGUCAUAGAGAUGAAUGGGAUUAAAGUAGAGUUUUCUAUGAAGUUCAGCAGCCGUGAUAUGAGCUUGAAAAGGACGCCCUCUAAGAAGCAGACGGGGGUUUUUGGAGUUAAAAUCAGCGUAGUGACAAAGCGUGAGCGAUCCAAGGUGCCAUAUAUAGUGCGUCAAUGUAUAGAGGAGGUGGAAAAACGUGGCAUUGAGGAGGUCGGGAUAUACAGGAUAUCUGGAGUAGCCACUGACAUCCAGGCCUUGAAAGCUGCUUUUGAUGCAAACAACAAAGACAUCCUGGUGAUGCUUAGUGACAUGGACAUUAAUGCCAUAGCUGGGACAUUAAAACUCUAUUUCCGUGAGCUCCCUGAACCACUUCUUACAGACAGACUGUACUUGGCUUUCAUGGAAGGAAUUGCUCUGUCUGAUCCAGCUGCCAAGGAGAACUGCAUGAUGCACCUUCUUCGGUCCUUGCCUGACCCCAACCUCAUGACCUUCCUUUUCCUGCUUCAGCAUCUGAAAAGGGUUGCUGAGAAAGAACCAAUCAACAAGAUGUCACUCCAUAAUUUAGCCACUGUCUUUGGGCCAACAUUACUGAGGCCAUCUGAGGUGGAGAGUAAAGGGCACACAAAUCUGGCAUCAGAUAUCUGGUCACAUGAUGUAAUGGCACAGGUCCAGGUUCUGCUCUAUUAUCUGCAGCACCCACCAAUCAGCUUCUCUGAGUUGAAGAGGAACACCCUGUACUACUCUACAGAUGUGUGA